AUGGUUUCUACAUCAGAUCGUUCUUCCGGUGGUGACGAUGUUAUCGAUUUGGCCAAUCUUACGAGAGACGUUCUUUCCAGGAGAUCCAGCGCAACAGAUACAACUGAUUACUCUACUACAUCUGACCGACCUUUUGUUUGUUUUUGUGGCAAAUCUUUUCAGCAAUCGGAUAGUUUAAAAAAACACAAAAUUAAUCACUUUUCGGAUGAAGGAAAAAAGUGCAGAUUCAAAAAUUGCGGUCGUGUGUUUACGUAUGAUUCCGACCGUAGUCGUCAUGAAGAAACUCAUUAUAGAAAACUCGGAUUAUUGGCCUUUCAAAAAUUGCUUGAACAUUCCGAGACUCACAAAAAGAACUUAGUAUUUGUGUGUAAUCAUCCUGGUUGUGGUAAACGUUUCGCACAUCAUGGGUUUUUCGAAAACCACGUGAAGUCCCAUGCACCCGACCGUCCACACUAUCCCUGUUCUCAUAGUGGCUGCGGAAAAGUCUUCCUCACGCAACGUGGAUUAUUCGAUCACGAACAAGCCCACUCUUCUGAAACGGAACCCUAUCGUUGCACAGCCUCUGGUUGCGGGAAGGUUUUCAAGUUUCAAUCCCAUCUCGUACGCCACGAAAAAACUCACAUUCCUCCGUCAAAACGAUCUAAGCACACAUGUUUCUUCAAACGCUGCAAUAAAACUUUUACCAGAUCGGAUGCUUUGGUUGCGCACCUAAAGCGGCAUGAAACUAGUGAACGGCCUUUCCCUUGUGACAUUGAGGGGUGUGUUCGUUCUUUCUACACGCGUUAUGAUUUGAAACGCCAUAUUAAAGUAAUGCACGGCACAUGA